ACUCGCAUGUCAUCAACUGGUGCUGAAUAAUUUACAUUGUUUAAUAACAUCUAGAAUGGGAACAAAUGUUAAUUCGGUUUUCAGCGGAGGGAUUUAUGAAAGUUCUCAACAAACAGACCAAGAACAUUUGUAUGCUCAACUACACCGAAAUACUUUUAGAAAUGCCAUGGAAGGAUGGACAUUUCGAUGUAUUUUGAUAACAACUAUUUCCGUAGUUAUUAUUGGAUUUGCAGCGGCUGUGUACUAUGGAACUAAUAACUUGAGCAGUGAAAAGGUUUGCAAUAUGCCAGGUACUAUUAAAGGCGGUUGCCCUGCAGGAUUAACGACUGAACAGGAAUUAAUUUUGAAUUACGAUGGAAACUGCUAUUUCUUUUCAAACACUGCCUUAAGUUAUAGUCAAGCUAAUAACAGCUGUGCUCAAAAUAAUGGAUUUUUAGCUGUUAUACGAGACAAUGCUACUCAGAUUGCACUUGCCAAGCAUGCAAACCAAGUUUCAGAUAUCGCAGAAAGCUCUAGCUAUUGGAUUGGAAUUAAAAGAGAAAACUCUACAUUUACUUCAACUUCUUUAGGUAAAUCGGCAGAAUUCUUAAAUUUUGAUCAAAAUUCCCUUUCAAAUGCUCAAACUGGUCAAAAUGGAUGUGCAAGGUUGGAUUUAACAGAAGAUUCUCAAUGGAUUGCUGAUAACUGUGCUAGAGUUUUCUGGGAUAUCGGACAUAUUUGUCAAUAUAUUGGAACAAAUUCAGCAGCAUAUACGAAAGCUGGAUCCGGAUUCAUCAUUUCAUUACUAGCUGUUUUCCUGAUUUUACAAUGAUAGAAACAUCUGGUUUCAACGAUAGCAUCCAAACAAACUUUAUGACGUCAUAUUGACAGAUCCGAAGGAAACAUUAAAUGGCAGCUUAUCGACUUCGAUAUCAAGAACAUUUAUCAUGUUUAUAUCAUAGACAUUUCAUGGAUUUCAUAUAAUUGAUAUGCGUUCUGCCAUUAUAUCAUCAAUCAGCAUACUUUGCAGAUUGUAUAUAGAUCAAUAGUACAUUUUUAGUUCAAAGGAUGCUAUCAAUUCCAUGGUGCUGUUUUGUGUUAAAUGUUGAAUACAUUGUUUCACUCUAUUGUAUAAAUAAAACUAUUUAUCAUUGUAAGUAUUUCUGUAACGAAUCUCAGUUUUAAAAAUCUUUUUUUUUAAAUAUUUGUUAUUUUAAAUCAGUAUUUAUUUCUUCAAAUUGAAUGUACAGUAAUAUGGUCAUUGAUAUAUUUUUUAUAUUUUAAAAUAAAACGCAUAUGAAAUAAAAAGUAUUUAAAUGUGCAACUCUA